CCUGAGACCUUCCACCAAAGCUCCAAUCAGACAACUAGCCGUAUUAUCUGGAGAAGCCUUGGUAACCUUCACCAUGGCAGAGGCCCAGCCUCUGUGGCCCUGUGACCUGCAGGGACUGUUGACAUUUAGGGAUGUGGCCAUAGAAUUCUCUCUGGAGGAGUGGCAGUACCUGGACACUGCACAGAAGAAUUUAUAUAGGAAGAUGAUGUUAGAGAACUACAGAAACCUGGCCUUCCUGGGUAUUGCUUUCUCUAAGCCAGACCUGAUCACCUGUCUGGAGCAAGGAAAAGAGCCCUGGAAUAUGAAGCGACAUGUGAUGGUGGAUGAACCCCCAGGUAUAUGUUCUCAUGUUGCUCAAGACCUUUGGCCAGAACAGGGCAUGGAAGAUUCUUUUCAAAAAGUAAUACCAAGAAGAUAUGAAAAAUGUGGACAUCAGAAUUUACAGUUAAGAAAAGGUCAAAGUGUGGAUGAGCUUAAGGUGCACAAAGAAGGUUAUAAUGGACUUAACCUGUGUUACACAACUACCCAGAGCAAAGUAUUUCAAUGCGGUAAAUGUUUGAAAGUCUUUUAUAAAUUUGUAAAUUCAAACAGCAUAAGACACACUGGAAGGAAACCUUUCAAAUGUAAAAAAUGUGUCAAAUCAUUUUGCAUGCUUUCACACAAAACCCAGCAUAAAAGCAUUUAUACUACAGGGAAGUCCUACAAAUGUAAAGAAUGUGGAAAAACCUUUAAUUGGUCUUCAACCCUUACUAAUCAUAAGAAAAUUCAUACUGAAGAAAAACCCUACAAAUGUGAAGAAUAUAGAAAAGCUUUUAAUCUAUCCUCAAAUCUUACUACACAUAAGAUAAUUCAUAUUGGAGAGAAAUCUUAUAAGUGUGAAGAAUGUGGCAAAACAUUUAACAAAUCCUUAACCCUAACCAUACAUAAGAGGAUGCACACUGAAGAGAAACUCUACAAAUGUAAAGAAUGUGUCAAAGCAUAUGUAUGGUCCUCAAACCUAACUAAACAUAAGAGGAUGCAUGCUGGAGAGAAACCCUACAAAUGUGAAGAAUGUGGCAAAGCUUUUAGCCAAUCCUCAACCCUUACUACACAUAAGAUAAUUCGUACUGGAGAGAAACGCUACAAAUGUGAAGAAUGUGGCAAAGCAUAUGUAUGGUCCUCAACCCUAACUAAACAUAAGAGAAUGCACACUGCAGAGAAACCCUAUAAAUGUGAAGUAUGUGGCAAAACUUUUCAUCGAUUCUCAAAUCUUAGUGCACAUAAGAUAAUCCAUACUGGAGAGAAACCUUACAAGUGUGAAGAAUGUGGCAAAGCAUUUAUAUGGUCCUCAAACCUUACUGAACAUAAGAAAAUUAAUACUAGAGAGAAACCCUACAAAUGUGAAGAAUGUGGCAAAGCAUUUAGCCGAUCUUCAACCCUAACUAUACAUAAGAGGAUGCACACUGGAGAGAAACUCUACAAAUGUGAAGAGUAUGGCAAAGCUUUUAGACAAUCCUCAACCCUUACUGCACAUAAGAUAAUUCAUACUGGAGAGAAAUCCUACAAAUGUGAAGAAUGUGGCAAAGCCUUUAACUCGUCCUCAACUCUUACUAAACAUAAGAUAAUCCAUACUGAAGAGAAACCCUACAAAUGUGAAAAAUGUGGCAAAACCUUUAACCAGUCUUCAAUCCUUUCUAACCAUAAGAUAAUUCAUACUGGAGAGAAACCUUACAAGUGUGAAGAAUGUGGCAAAGCUUUUAAUCAUUACUCAAAUCUUACUAAACAUACGAUUGUUCAUACUGGAGAGAAACCCUACCAAUGUGAAGAAUGUGGCAAAACCUUUAACCAGUCUUCAAUUCUUACUAACCAUAAGAAAAUUCAUACUGGAGAGAAACCCUGAUCAUAUGAAUAAUGUGGCAAAUCUUUUAACUUAUCUUCAACUUUUAAUAAACAUUGAGGUAGUUUAUACUGGAGUAAAACCCUACAAAUGUGAAGAAUGUGGGAAAGCCUUUUUCUCAUCCUCAUCCCUAACUACACAUAAGAAAAUUCAUACUGGACAGCAACCCUACAAAUGGAAAAAAUUUGGCAAAGCCUUUAACCAGUCCUCACUUAUUACUACAGAUAAGUCAUAUUGGAGAAAAAUCUUACAAGGUUGAAUAAUACGGAAAGCCUAAAAAAGUCCUCAAUUCUUAACAGACAUAAGAUUAUUCAUAUUGGAGAGAAACUCUACAAACCUGAAAGAAAAGACAAUGCUUUUGACAACACCUCAAACUUUUCUAAACACAAAAACUUGUUGCCAACAAAUUCUAGAAAUGUGAAGAAUGUGACAAAGCCUUUAAAUGAUUGUCACACUUGAUUAUAGAUAAGAUAAUUCAUACUGAGAAAAUUGGCGGUGUGAACAAUGUGGCCAAGCUUCUAACCAAUGCUCACAUCUUAUUGCACUGUAAAGCAUUUAUACUUGAGAACCAAUGUACAAAUAUUGACAAAAAAGCCAUUAAUACCUGCUCAAAUCUUACUCAAAAUCAGAGUUCAUACUAAAUAAAAGCAUUAAAAGUUUAAU